GACAAGAGAGGGCAAUUCACACAUCUGGAGGAGAUCAUCUCUCAGUCUCCUGCUGCUGGUGCUGUUGGUGGUCAGUCUGAGCAGCGCGGACAUGUAGAGACAACAGCAGUCAGAAUGAUUGUCUUCGUCUUGCUGAUGUUCGGGGGAGAUGCUUUUCUUCAGUGGAUUUGGGAUUUGGUGUGUGAGGAGGGUCGUGCGCUCCUCAUGUCUCCUCACUGGAGUGUGUGUGCGGCUUUCAGCGCUCACCUCAUCUUCUCGGUGCCCUUCUUACUUCUGGAUGUGUUCAGUCCACACGUGGGAUGGAUUCAUAAGUACAGGAUUCGCCGCCAACUCGUUGGCUUGAAUGAGUGGUUUCGAUGUGCUUCUCGAAUCUUAUGGAAAUACGUGGUUGGCGUUUUGCCGUUGACUGCGUUGUUUGUGUCGUUACGGCGGACGCAUCUCCCGGAGAAAGCACCGUCUGUGUUUCAUGCCUUCAGAGAAUGCUUCUCCUGUAUGCUCGUGUUUGAUACGCUCUUCUUCAUGUUUCAUUACACCAUCCACAAAAUUCCCUGGCUUUACCACAACAUCCACAGCGCUCACCAUAUGAACAGGGACACGUUUGCUCUGGCAGCUCAGGACUCCAGUAUUGGUGAACUUCUGUCUCUACAAGCUCUUGCAUUUCUCAGUGCGAUGCUAGUGGGCUGCCACCCCCUCAGCGAAACCCUCUUCCAUAUCCUGAACACCUGGAUGGCAGUGGAGGAUCACUGCGGAUACGACUUCCCCUGGGCACUGCAUCGGCUGCUGCCGUGUUUCAGUGGAGCACCGCACCAUUUAGCCCACCAUCAGCACUUUAGAGGGAACUUCGCCCCUUAUUUCAGACAUUGGGAUUACAUCUUUGGCACCUCAAUGCCCACAGCAGUUGAAAAAAGAGACCUGUGAUAAGGUGAAUCCAGACUACAUGGGUCAUUUUGAGACUGAGAUUGUGAAGAAUGUCUUCUUUUCACUGUUAUGACAGUUUUUUUUUUUAAAGAUUAGGCCAUUUUUUGGAGUUUUUUUUUUAAAUACUCAUGUGUUUUUAGCUGUAUAGCAUGUACAUAACAUACUUUGAGCACUUGUUUUACAAACAAUUUUACUUAAUCCAUGUAUUUUUGUUCAACAUUGGAUUCACAUUGACUUCAAUGCAAGUUCAGAGGUUUUCAGCAGUGGGUCUUAAGAGAGUGCUAGGGGGUCUUGUUGAAAUAUAUGAAGAAAAAGCAUUAAAGAAUCAUAAAAAUAAAUAAAUAAAUAAAUAUUUUUAUUUAUCUCUCAAUGGAAAGAAUUAUGGAAGGAAAUUAAAU